CUUUCUGACAGUAACCCUACUGUUCUGCUUCGUGACAGCCCCUCCUGGGCAGGGCCUUUCAGCAGCACCAGAUGAGCCCAACACAGGCCCACCUUAAGGUGGCAUCUUCCCAGGGACCUGCACCAGCCAAUCACGUCACUCAGGAUGGACGGCUGCAGCACGAGAUAACCCCAUUUGGCGCCAAGCACUGUACAGUGUGUGCCUUGUUCUGCUUUCCUAAGAAAGUUAAGGCUGAGCUGGUGAGCCUGACCCUUAACAGGCCUUUGGAAUUCCCCUGCAUACAGGCUACAUUAGGAUUUUUUUUCCAUUGGGAACGAACUUGAGUUUACUUUAGAAGCCCUUAUUUGGUGCACAAGUCUGGGUAUUUGACAGAGAUUUCAGCUUUGCAAGUGAGUUGGGGUUGAUUCCUUCUCUGGGAAAAACUGCUGGUCGCUCUGGUCCACAGAAGUCUCAACAUAGACGUAGACAAGGAAGGUUCUUGCUGAGACUUAGCCAAAGAAAACUCCAAAGGAACGCUCUGAGAACUCAUUUCAGGAUGAAGCUGCAAGGGCAAAGAAGGGCUUCUAACACAGACAAAUGCUGUCCAUGGACCCACAGACGCCCGUGGACUCUUCUCCCAGCGACUGCAGCCCCUGCGGUGAGAAUCCGGCCCUUGAGAGGGCAGCUUCCUCUCGUCCUGCUGCUGUCCACCCUGCAGAGGCCCACGGUUGCAGUUAAAAUCGACUUUGACUUGGCACCAAAUUCCUUUGAUGAUCAGUACCAAGGCUGCAAGCAACAGGUCAUAGAUGAACUGAUUCAAGGGGAUUAUUUCACAAAAGAACUAGAAGCCCAUAGGGAUUACCGCAAGGUCUGGCAGUUCACCCAUGUAACCUGGUUGAACCAAGCAAAAGCUCUCCCCAAGAACAUGAGUACUGCACAUGCCUUGGCCAUCUUGGUUUAUUCAUCAAACAACACCGUUCAAUCAGACUUCGCUAGAGCCAUGGCCAGUGCUGCUAGGUCUCCACAGGAAUAUAAACAUUCAUUCCAUUUCAAAUAUCUACACUACUACCUGACCUCGGCAAUCCAGCUGCUGAGGAACGAGACUGUUAGGAGGAAUGAACCCCUGUGUUAUGAGGUGCAUCACGAGAUGAAGGAUGUCUACUUGGAAGCCCACACAGGUGCCACCAUUCGAUUUGGCCAGUUCCUCUCCACCUCCCUCCUAAGAGAAGAGGCACAGAAGUCUGGGAACCAAACGUUAUUUACCAUAUUAACCUGCCUGGGUGCACCUGUACAAGAUGUCUCUCUCAAGAAGGAGGUCCUGGUCCCUCCCUAUGAGUUGUUUAAAGUUAUAAAUACAAGCUACCACCCAAGAGGAAACUGGUUGCAACUGCAGUCAACUGGGAACCUGAGCACGUAUAACUGCCAGCUGCUGAAAGCUUCCAGCAAAAAGUGCAUCGCUACUCCCGCAGUUAUUGCUUCCGUCUCCUUUUUGACCAGUGUCAUCAUCUCUUCCAAAGGUGGCGCAUAAAGAAGGCUUGUGGGUUUUGCCUUCCCUGUCCCCUUUUGCUUUCUUCCAGUCCAGGCACCCUGACUCCCCAUGGGGAAUCCUUCUGCACACCUAUCAAUUGAUGCAGACCUGGCUCAGCCCACUGCCUAUGAGUAACUUCUCCAUGGACACAGAGAUUUAUGUUGGAAUAGGAAAAUGAUCCAGUCAGAGCCUGUGAGAUACAAGCAGGGUACUUUAUGGAAUUGGGCUGGGAGUACAUGGGAGCCAUUUUUUUGAGUGAAGAUUAGUGAAAGCAGAGUAUGAGCCUAGAAUCGCCAGUGGCUGCCUUGCUACCGAGAAGAGAGAAUCUGCCUCCCUGAGAAUGCAGCUAACACAAUGAAAAAAGAGCUGAGAAAUGAAAAGAAAGUGAAAACUGAUGAAAGUGUCUGAGCCCCUAGAUCCAGCUGUGCCUGAAACUGCUUUUCAUUUCAUAAAUCAAUAAAUUGUAUUUUUGCUUAUAUAAUUUGAAUUAAAAUUUCUAUUUCAUGCAGUCGAAGGAGUUAUGAUGAAUACAAGAACUCUUUCAUUUUUAAUUUAGCGAUCCUAAGUAUUAGGAACAAAUCAGAGACCCUUGAGUUAGAAAGCGAUGGACAAAUUCUUCAUCAAAUGAUAAAGCUUUGAGCCUCAGAGACAUACUAAAGGUGUGAAUACUCUUAAUAGAUUUUUGCCAGCAUUCAAAACCAAACCAGUGUAGUCUCAGGUGUGAGGAAACACGGAAACCCGAGAAAUAGGUGGGACAGUUAAUGAAAGAUGUUAGGGGAAUCUCAUUCACUGCCAGUAAUGGGGUGUGGCACACAUGUUUCUUCUAAAAUAUUACAGAAUUAAGAAUUUAAACUCAUAUGUUAAUUUACAGAAUGCUUUAUGGCAAAUUGGACUUUGAGUCUUCAUCACAAAUUUAAGUAUGUUUGUUAGGAAAGCAAGUGGAUGUGUGUGGAGAUAAAGGAGAAGGUAAGGGAAUUACCAAGCAAAUAUUCAAAUUACCACGCAAAUAUCAAAGAUAUACUGAGUCCCCAUUAUGUGCAAACAAUUCAGUAAAAAGAAGUAUAAAUCAUCAACUUCACAGCUGGGCAUGUCCUCCAACUCUUCUCUCAGGGAGGAGACAAGAUAAGUGGGACAAUGGGGGACUGCUUGACCUGAUCUCCAAAGACCCUACUAAUUGGGCUAAAUGGAGUGAAGGUGAGAGCUGGUGCCAAACCUUUGAGUUCUGAAAGUCCAUGCUACUUAGCUCCUCUGAGACUUAGAUAAGAUGCAGCAAAAUUGGAAAUCAGCUCAUCCAGCCCCAGUAGGACUUCCCCAAGGGCCUGGGUCAUAACAGAAGAGGUUGAGUGAGGAAUUAACGGCAUCAAAUCACCAGGUAGAGAAUUCAGGCAUCCAGUACUGUCAUUCUUCCCCCCGCCUCGCCCCCCCCCGCUUCCCCUUUGGAAACCAUAAGUUGAUUUGUUUUCUAUGUCUUUGAGUCUGUUUCCCUUUUGUAUCUAGAUUCAGUUGUAUUACUUUUAGGUUCUACAUAUAAGUGAUAUCAUAUAGUAUUUGUCUUUCUCUGUCUCACUUACUUCAUGAAGUAUAAUAUUCUCUAGAUUCAUCCAUGUUGCUGCAAAUGGCAAUAUUUCGUUCUUUUUUAUGGCUGAGUAAUAUUCCAUUGUCACAUAUUUACCACAUCUUCUUAAGCCAAUAGUCUGCUGAUGGGGACUUGGGUUGUUUCCAUGUCUUGGCUAUUGUAAAUAGUGCUACUAGUAGAACACUGGAGGACAUGUAUCUUUUUGAAUUAGUUUUUGUUUUUUCCAGAUGUAUAACCAGGAGUAGGAUUGCUGGAUCAUGCAGUAGCUCUUUUUCAGUUUUUUAAGGAACCUCCCAUAUUGGUUUCCAUAGCGGCUGCACCAAUUUACAUCCCCACCAGCAGUGUAGGAGGUUCCCAGUAUUAUCAUCCUUUACAUUGAGAUUUUGAAAUGAAUAGGGUCUGUUACCUAGCUUACACUGGCCUCUUCACCCAAUUAAGCAAACAAAAUUUCCAUAAACACAUACAGUUUCCAUGAUUCAUUGCCCAGAAUCUUUGGCAGAUUAGCGGCUAUCUAGUAGAGAAUCCUGAGGGCAUGGCUUCAGGAACAAGCUUUGCAGUGAGUCUUGGUGAGGCAGUAGUGAAAUGUGCUAGGAAAAGCCUCCUACAUCUUGCUUAUAUAUUUUUUUGGUGUUAUACAAAUUUAUUUGUUGAGCCAUACUAUGUACAAAGCACUUUCGGAUUUAAAUUUGGAUACACUAAGCCAGAUCUUCAAUAAGUUUACAAUCUCUUAGAAGAAAUUAAGAAAAUAACACAAACAAGUCACAAAGGAAAUAUCAAAAGAUACAGGGAAAUCAAGCCUUCUGUUCAUGAGAGUUCAGAAGAGAGAUUCCUUCUAACUGAGGUGAGAGAGGAAGCCAGGAAGGCUUCAAGUAGGAGGCAGCAUUAGAGCAAGACCUUGGGACAAUGGGAUGGGAGCAAAGGGUAAGAGGAAGGAGAAAAAACAGGAAGCAUGGGUGUGUAUCAAGUGCUUAGUGCCAAUAACAAGUACAAAUAAUAAGUGUUUGAAGUUUAUAGAGAAAACCAGGAUUCUUCUGGCCUCUAGUUGGGUACAGCUUUCUGUCAGAGACAAGACUUAGAGGAUGGUCUUCAGAUGGGUGGAAAAGAGACAGCUGGGUAGAGAAGAAGGUGGGAUACAGGAUGAUCACUGCAUAUGAGGGUCAGAAAACAGGUCUGGCAGAGUGAAGGAGUAAUGUAACCGGAGAGGAAAGUUGAAGCCAGUUAAGUCAGUUAAGCCUAGAGAGUUAGCCUAAUGCAUUUGACAUCCAUGAGAAAUCAGAGUUUUCUAAGUAAAACAUUUUAAACUGAUUUUCACAGCAUACUGCCAGCACCACUAGCAUCAGUAUCCCUUAAAAGCCUGUUAGAAAUGUGAAUUCUAGGGCCUGAUCCCAAAUCUAUGGAAUCAGAAACCCAGAAAUCUGUGUUUAAUAAGCCCUCCAGACUUGUGAUCUAUGUGAUUAUAAUCAUUAAGGGAAUAACCAAUCUUUAAAAAAGAUAACUUAGUUCUUCCUCCUGCUUUAUGGAACAAGUCUCUGGAGCUAGAAGUUGUUCUCUUGAUGUAGAUUUAUGGGUUUAGUUAAGGAUGAUUGUAUGUAGUUUGCAUCCCCUCCAUCUCUCCCUGAGGUCCAAAUGUUUUGUGCAAGAAGUUUGUAAAGCGGACCUUUGAUUUAAAUUGAUUUGAAGUCUAAGUUCAUGAAAUUUUAGGAGAUUGAUUUCAAAAAAUUCACUGUAAUUUCUGCCCCUGUUAGUCUGGGAUAUCUUCUAAGAAUAAAAUGGACCCUCAAUUGUACAUAAACUCACAUGGAUUGUUAAAAUAAACUACAUUAUAAAUUUGCAUAGUACGUAUCUUUUUAUAGUAAGUUUAUUAAAAUAACAUGUGCAUCUCCCCUUUUUGUAUAUACAGAACGUACCAGCAUCUGAAGGCCACCCAUCUUUAUUGAGGUGGGCACCACCCAUCUCUAACAUCAAAGGGCUACACUGGCUGCCAUUCCCAAUGGCAUCUAGUGAAGAUUUCCCUUGAACUGUCACCUGUCACUCUUCCAGUCAUUUCACAGAAAGACUCUGACCCAGGACUUUUCUUUGUCCCAUUCAUUUCCAUCUGUGUCCCCCAGCAACAUCCUGGUAUACAACCCUAAGUCCAAGAAAAGGCAAGUGAAUCUCCAGACACAUAGGUUCAGAAAAGGUAACAAAGAGGUGCACCUCCCUCCUCUCAUUUGUAUAUGUGUCUUUCUGAGAGGACAGUAGCAAAUGGAUCAGCUCAAGAGCUUCCUCAAAAUAAGAUAGUUGUUAAUGGGUAUCUACUGCCAGCGAGCGAGGAUUCAGCUUUAGAGUGGAGAGAAAAUGCAGAGUUAAUGUAUUGAAACUCAUCCUUUUCCAGGCCCUCUAAGCCCUAGAAAUGUUCAAAAUCCCCUCGACCCUUACCAUAGGGCAUUCUGAAGGUCUUAUUGGUAGGGAGAAUGGAAUAGAUAACUAAUAUAAAGUUACAAUGGUAAUUACAAUAGCAGCUGUGGCUUUGGAGCUGGGCUCUUGGCUCAAGCUGACAAAAGUACAACUUCAAAGGCGCCAUGAUUAGGGAGGUCUUCUGCAACCUUCAUAUAAGUGACUUCACAGCUGGCUAAAGAAUAUGUAAAUGAUGGAGGAACGAUAUACCUCAAGUGCUAGAGCACAUGCUUAGCACAUAUGAGGUCCUGGGCUCAAUCCCCAGUAGUGCCUCUAAAAUUAAAUAGAUGAACAAAUAAACCCAAUUAUCUCCCUCCCAAAAGUAAAUAACAAAAAUAAAAUAAAAAAUUUUUAAAGAAUACAUAAAAGAAGUUGUGGUAUAUCUAUACAAUGGAAUACUACUCAGCCAUAAAAAAGAAUAAAAAUGCCAUUUGCAGCAACAUGGAUGGACCUGGAGAUUGUCAUUCUAAGUGGAGUAAGCCAGAAAGAGAAAGGAAAAUAUGACCUGAUAUCACUUAUAUGUGGAAUCUAAAAAAAAAAAGAUGACACUAAUGACCUCAUAAACAGAAACAGACUCACAGACACAGUAAACAAUCUUAUGGUUACUGGGGAAAGAGGGUGGAAAAGGAUAAAUCUGGGAGUUUGAGAUUCGCAAAUGUUAGCCACUAUAUAUAAAAACAGAUUAAAUAUAGAGCACAAGGAACUAUAUUCAAAUAUCUUGUAAUAACUGUUAAUGGAAAAGAAUAUGAUAAUGAAUAUAUGUAUGUAUAUGCAUGACUCAGACAUUGUGCUGUACACCAGAAACUGAUACGUUGUAACUGACUAUAGCUCAAUAAAAGAAAAAAAAUUAAAUAAAUAAAUAAAUAAAAAUUAAAAGAAUAUGUAAAUAGAGCA